CUAGCCCCUUCGCACCCAGACCCUCUCUGCAGUCCCACCACACACGACAGCGAGAAGGGGAAUUUUUCUAGCUAGGGUUUUAGACAGCGCGGGGCGGAGAGAGGCGAUGGGUGCGGCGGUCGACGAGACGGCGGCGGCGGCGGCGGCUGCAGCUGUGGCGGCGGAGGGCGGCCCCGCUGCCGCCGCGGCGGAGUCCGACUCCAAGGACCUGCAGCAGCAGAGCAAGGCCCUCGACAAGCUCACCGACCACGUCGAGGAUCGCCAGCUCGACUCCUCCCGCGUCCAAUCCGCCAUGGCAGCUCUUGCUUCAUCUAAAGAGGCUGACUGGAAUGCCAUGAGACUAAGGGAGAAAGAAUUAGCUGCUGUCAAGAUCAACCCUACCGACGUUGAAAUCAUCGCCAACGAGCUUGAGCUGGACAAGAAGAUCGCAGAGAGGACGCUCCGAGAGCACAAGGGCGACGCUGUUGCCGCAGUCCGGUUCUUGCUUCGCUGAUUUCGACACAUGCCGCCUGCUUGCGUGCAAGUGAUUUCGUUUGAUCUGCAAACCAUGUGAAUGGGCUGUACUUUGUCUUCCUGUAUCACAGUGAAACUGUGGUUUUUGUCACUCAUGCAAAACUUAUAUUUCCAUGGUGCUGCAGACUGGUUUCUGUUCCCUUGAAAAAGAAGUUAGAAAGUUGAAAAAUAUAUGCCGAAUGGUGUUUUAUAUCCA